AAUAACUCCUCUUAUCAAUUCCAGUAAACUCCUCAACUCAAUUAAAGAAUCUUCUGAUGAUCCAGCCAUUUUUGCUAAAAAUUUUGAUUCUUUAAAGAAAGAUUUUGAAGAAAUCCAUCUAACCUUCUUGAGGGAAUUGGAUAAUGCUCUAAGAUUAUGCCAACAUGUUGAUAAUAUUAAUAAAUUUUUGGAGGACAUCCGAUCUAAGCAAACCAAUUUAAAACCAUAUGCCGAUUAUUUACAGUUAAUCCCUACCAGGAUGAGAUACUAUGAAGAUUUCUUUAAGGAAUUAAUUAAUAAAAAUGAAAAUUGUACUGAAGAGAUGAAGUUAUCAUUGAAUUUUAUUCAAUUAUUGGAACAACGAGCUAAAGGGCCUGAUUUUACCAAAAAUAUAGUUGGAUAUUCGGGUGAUAUUGGACGUGUUUAUAGAAAUGAAUUAUUCCAAGUUUGGGAGGAUGGUGAAAAUAAUGACUGUGGCGAUAAAUAUGUAUUCUUACUUAAUAAUACAAUGAUAAUCACAGACAAGGAAGAAACUAAUGGAGAGAUAUCGUUUAAACAUUAUGCUACUAUUAAUUUGAACGAAUACAGCCCCGUUAGACAACACUCAACAGAAGCUUCAACUCUCGUUGUAGCACCAAACGAUUCAAACAAAAAUUUGCCUACUUAUUUGCUUCGAAUUCGUCGAGAUAAUGCUGAGGAAUCGGAGAUUGUACGUCGUGUUUGGAUCAACGAUAUUUGCUUAAUGCAGAGGGCUUUUGGUGGGUAG